AUGGCUGGGUCCACCUCGACCGGCGGGAGCGGCCCGUCGAAUCCUCCCAAAAUCCUACUAGCAAAGCCGGGACUGGUGACGGGGGCUCCGGUGGCGGGUAAAUUCGGGCGCGCCGGUACUGGGGAUGAGUAUACGACGUCGCUUCGGUCCCGUCUCCCUUCUUCUAUCGGAUCCCUCAACCUCCUCUCUGAUUCAUGGGACUUCCACAUAGACCGCUUCCUCCCGUUUUUGACUGAGAACACGGAGUUUACGGUGGUGGGGGUGAUUGGUCCGCCUGGGGUGGGCAAGUCCACUAUUAUGAAUGAGCUUUAUGGCUUCGAUGCGACCUCACCUGGAAUGUUACCCCCAUUUGCUAUAGAGACGGAAGAGGGUAAAGCCAUGGCAAGGCAUUGCAGCAUGGGCAUUGAACCCAGGGUUUCUGCUGAACGCCUUAUACUUCUUGAUACCCAGCCUGUUUUUAGUCCUUCUGUUUUAGCUGAGAUGAUGAGACCGGAUGGCUCGUCCACCGUUCCUGUUCUAACUACUGCUGAAUCUUUAUCUGCUGAGUUAGCUCAUGAACUAAUGGGUAUUCAGCUUGGUGUUCUUCUGACCUCAAUCUGUCACAUUUUGCUGGUUAUAUCAGAGGGAGUUCAUGAUCAUAGUAUGUGGCGUUUGAUGUCCACGGUUGACCUUUUGAAACAUGGCAUACCUGAUCCAUCUUCACCAACCCUUUCCAAUUCUCUGAGCUCUAAUAUAGGGCCUGAAAAAGAUAGCAGAGAUAAAGCUCAUGAAGGUGGAGAAUAUAUGGCUACACCAGUUUUUGUGCACACAAAACUACGGGACCAUGAUCUUAGUCCACAUAAUUUUGGGCAACUGAGGAAGGCACUUGCACAAUAUGUCAGCACCUCUUCUUUCAUGAGACCAGAAAAUGGAAAUAUGUCCAAAAGUCGUGAUCCAGAUUCUAUGGCUCCUGGUACUCAAAGUCGCGAUCCAGAUUCUUUAGUGCCAAGUUUCUUUGUAAUCCCAACAAAGAAUAAAGAUGACUCCCCAGGAGAUCAGUAUGAAAGUUAUACCUCUAUGCUAUGGAAAUUGCGGGAUAAGGUUUUGUCCAUGAAUUCUCCUCCUUUUGGAAGAACUGUGAGUGAACGUGAAUGGUUGAAGAAUUCUGCCAAGAUAUGGGAAUUGGUGAAGAACUCUCCUAUCAUUGCAGAAUACAGCAGAACACUUCAAAGUUGUGGAAUGUUUAGGAGAUAG